AUGCCUCACCUGGAACAGCUCGCCGAACUCACCGGCCACGAGGACCGUGUCUGGUGCGCAACCUGGCACCCAACAAAACCGAUCCUUGCCACAUGCUCAGGAGACAAGACUGUCAGGAUCUGGCAGGCAACAAACGCACAGGACCCAUCCAAGUGGCAAUGCACCAAUGUGCUCGAGGGAGGACACAAACGCACCAUCCGCAGUGUUGCCUGGUCUCCGGACGGUCGGCAGCUCGCCACAGGAUCCUUUGACGCCACGACCGGCAUCUGGGAACGGGACGAGGAUGAAAGCGGAGAUUACGAAUGUGUCGCGACGCUGGAGGGACAUGAAAACGAGACAAAGUCAAUAGCCUGGUCCAAGAGCGGGGCCUUGCUUGCAACCUGCUCUCGUGACAAGAGUGUCUGGAUCUGGGAAGUCGAGGAGGACAACGAUUUUGAGUGUCUAAGCGUCCUGCAGGAGCACACCCAGGAUGUCAAGAUGGUCGCCUGGCAUCCCACAGAAGAACUCCUCGCAUCGGCUAGUUACGAUGAUACGAUCAAGAUCUGGAAGGACGACGAUGACGAUUGGUAUUGCUCCGACACCCUUCAAGGCCAUGAAUCGACAGUGUGGGCGAUUGACUUUGCGCCUUCAGGAGACGAGAUCGUCUCAGCAUCGGCAGAUCAGACACUCAAGAUCUGGAAACGCUUCCCACCAGGAAACCCUCUCGGGAUUGUGACCCCUCGACGUGGCGAGCCGGUCUGGAAGUGUGUGGCAACUGUUGUGGGGCAGCAUGACCGCUGUAUCUACUCUGUGUCGUGGUCCAAGGCACACGGCCUAAUUGCAUCGGCAGGAGCAGACAACACGAUCCGGCUGUUUGAGACGAUUGAGGCUAAACCGGAGGCAGUGGGGCGGUUGACGGCGGAGCAGCAGCGGGCGAUGAAUGAGCCAGGAGUGCUUGUUGAGACAGUGGCGGUGGCGGAGGUGAAGGAGGCCCAUGGUACGAGUGACAUUAAUUCGGUUGCGUGGUACCCUAGCGAGACGCAUGGCGACUGGCUUGCGUCUGGAGGCGACGAUGGCUCUGUUCGCAUCUGGCGCCUCGUGCAAUGA